CUACAUGUUCGAAUUGGGACAGACCCGGUGGAGAUCUUUGGGGAAGUUACUGGAUUCAGAGAGAUGUUGAUGUUAAAUGGACAAUUGUAGGCGUUUUGGGUAAAAACCAGAAAGAAAUGUCAAUAGAAACACAACAUAAAUUUGUUUGUUUGUUUAUUCUUUAAAUAAAAACAGUGCGAAUGAAAUGUUAGCCUAGCAUUCAGAUAGUCAGUUGGGAACGACAAGCUAACAAGCUAAAGCUAAUAGAAAUGGACUCGAAUGGCGUACCUUCUACAAACCAGGUUUUGCUGCUGGCCACCAGUUCAGCUCUCACCGCUUUCUUCUACUGGCUGUACAGGAACAAGAACAGCAGUGUUGCCAGAUUAAGAGAAGCCAAGAAAAUCUCAUUAGAUCAAGAUUUGCUGAACAUCCUCGCUGAAGCUCCAGGGAAAUGUAUCCCCUACGCUGUUAUCCAAGGAGUUGUUCGUUCCGUUAAGGAGACCUUGAACAGUCAGUUUGUAGGCGGCUGCCAAGGCGUGAUCGCCAGACUGACGCUGAAGGAGAAGACGAUGAUGAGGAAUCAGACCAGUCAUCUUUGGUUUAACAACGAGAAGCUCAUCCACCAGCACACCAAAACCGUACCCUUUGACCUCGCGUCGCAUUGCGACGCCAUCAAAACCACCGUGCGCGUGUUCCGCCCCAUGGACGCCGAGAUCGACCUGGAAAAAACGUAUGAGAAAUUCCACCCAGCCACGAGCUCCUUCACCAGCAUCCUAGGCCACUUCCUGAGCGGCGAGUGGCCCCAGGGCGUGACCGAGAUGGAGGAGAUGCUGCGGCUCGGAGCGGGCAUCACCGGCGUCGGAGAACUUGUGAUGGACGGCGGUCAGUUGCGCCUGCAGCCUCCAAAACAGGGAUUGCGCUACGUCUUGAGCAGCCUGGAUUACGAGACACUGCUCGAGACCUGCAAGAGCAGAGCGAGGUUUUAUGGCAUUCUGACGGCACUCAUGGGUCUGGCAGCAUGUGCUACGCUGGUGUACGUGCUGUGGCGGCGGUACAGCCGGGAAAAGGAAAAGAAGAAGGAGCGCGAGAUAAUGGAGGAGUUUGAAGAGCUGAGGAGGAGGAUGAUUGGCGGAGAUGAUGAGGUCAUGCACGUCGGAGCGUGCGUUGUGUGCCUGAGCCAGCAGCGCUCAUGCGUUUUUCUCGAAUGCGGCCAUGUGUGCGCAUGCUGGCAGUGUUACGACGCACUGCCCCUGCCCAAAAAGUGCCUCAUUUGCAGGGCCGCUAUAGACCGUGUGGUGCCUCUGUACCUCAGCUAAACGAUUAUAUUGUGCUGCUCAAAUUUCAAGUUCAAAUAUGUGACCAUUUUCUAACAUGGUGGGUAGGUGCUACUCUCAUUUUCACCAAAUCUGUAAUCAAUCUCUUUAUCAUAUUCACUCUAUGGGCAGUUUGUGGACACCUCACUAUUGGAUUUCACACCGAUUCUCCGUUUGCUCCUCCGUUCUUCUCAGAUGUUCCACAAGAUUUUGUGGAGAUCGGUGCUCAUUCAGGCAGAAAAAUCAGAGCUUUAAAGCAGGAGAUCUUCCACUCCAACCCAUGUAAAGCAUAUCUUCAUGGAGCUGGCUUUGGUCAUGGUGGAACAUUUGAGUCUCCUAGUUCAAGCGAAGGGAAAAAUGAAUUCUACUACAUCCAAAAAGACUUGAGUGGAAAAGUGAGGGGUCCAAAUACGUUUGUUCAUUUAGUUUACGAAUAAAUAUACAGCUGAUGAUUACUAAAUUAAAAUAUUGAAAUAUAUAUAGUUAAAUAGCUCACUACUGUUUGUGGUGGAAAUCAGGAAAUUCUUCAAUCACUUGGCUUUUUUGCACAUGAACUAACGUGAUAAAACGUAUAAAAUGACUGAGUCAGUAGUAGCAGGCGGUUGUAACCGGUUUCAGAACAGCGUUCCUGCUUUCAGGGCUGCAGAGGAGACGUGGAAGGCGAAUGAAAUUUUAACAAGAUGGAUUUUUCAGGUUGAUCACCACCUCUGAUACCAAGCUGGACUUUUUAGAUGGGAAUGAAAGCACUUAUCCUACAAGCAGCACUUCCAUGACAGAGAGACAAAAAGCCAUGGACUGGUUUCCUGGGCUGCUGAAAGCGUUUUCUUCUGUGACUGUGUGUCAACGUUGUGAUAGAAUGAACGUUUAUGAUUUGCAUAAACCUCGACACAACAAAUCUAUACGUGUUCAACUGAUUUUUUUUCCGUUCAAAGGCUUUAAAAUGAUGCUUGAGUUCAUUUCUGUUAUAAAAUAAAAGACAAGAAAUUCAAUAAAGCUUUGUUGACCACGAAAA